AUGGUGUUGCCUAAUAUAACCAGUAAACACAUUAACGAUUCUAAUUUGAGAUAUCGAAAUAUGAAACAAUUUGAUAGCAUGUAUGAAGAAGAUAUUGGAUUAAAAUUUUUUAUGAGUGGAUUUUUAACAAUAACAUUUAUACUGAGCUUUGUGGGAAAUAUAUGUACUUGCGCUGUAAUUAUUCGCGAUCGUUCUAUGAGAACACCUACGAACUGUUAUUUAUUCAAUCUCGCCGUUACCGACUUCUUAACUGCCUUAUGUAUUCCUGUUGAGAUUUAUAUCAAAUGGAUGCCAGAUUAUUUUCCUAUUGAUGAAAUUGGAUGUCGAAUUCACUUCGUCUUGUGGGGUUGUCUCAGUAACUGCAGUGCAUUGACGAUUUUCGCUUUUACUGUCGAGAGAUACGUAGUGAUUACCAAGCCAUUUCAGCGCCAAUCUCUUUUGUUAACAUCCCGCGUCGUUAAGAUUGUAGCGUUUAUUUGGAUGCUCUCAUGUUUGUUUAGCAUGCUACAAGUUUAUAAUAUUAUUCUUAUUGAGAAGAAAACUGGCAUUUACUGCUUUUACAAGAUCAGCCAGCAAAUGCAGAUUGUUAUAACAGUUGACCUUUUUAUUUUCUUUAUAGUUCCGAUGACAGUUAUAUUUGUGAUUUACGUUUUGAUAGCGUUGAAACUCAAACACACGAAUAUGAAGCUAAAAAGUAGUCCUGCUAAUGGAAAAAGGAACAGGGACAAGGCAAUAACUAUGUUGGCUGCCGUUGCUGCUUCUUUCUUCUUCUGUUGGUUUCCAUAUUGUGUUUUGCGGUUAAUGUUGAUCAUACCUCGAUGGAGACAAGAUGAUUAUUCUAAAACAUGGAAAGUGUUCGUAUACAUGAGCACAGUCAAUGGCUAUUUAUCAACAGCUGUCAAUCCUAUUCUAUAUAGCCUUAUGUCGCGGAAAUUUCAGCAAGCCUUCAAAAAUUUAUUAGACGGGCAAAAACCUACAAUUCGAUUGGACACAUUAUCUAAGCUGCACAGCGACAACAGUGUUCAGAGCGGCAUCAGAUUGAAUAAUAUUCGACAUCGGUAUAGUUUUUAG